AUGGCAUACAUGGGCCCCACCACCGUCUUUGUGACAGCUGCGGCUCCGAUGAGUGCAAUGCCUCCGAAUCAGAUGAUGUAUCCACAGCCGAUGGGCUUCAUUCCCGUCAUGGCCCCUCCGCCGAUGCAAGCGGAUGCCCCUACAAGCCAGUCAAGCACGGCAGGGCCGCCCCCUGCGUCCAAGGCCAAGGCGAAGUCCAGCGCCAAGAAGACCAGGAACAAGGCCGAGCCAAGCCGUCCUCAGCCAGAUGCAUCUCCGCCAGCUGAUGAUGAGGUCGCUGGAAGAGGUGUGAUCUCUUUGCUCCAGGAGUUUGUGCAGUGCUCGAAGACGUUCCCAGCUCCGCAGCAUCGACCGAUUCUUCAGUGGACCUUCGACACGCACAUGGCGGACAACACGAACCUCGAAUUUCGAGCUCAGGUGUCCUUCCUUUUGGACGGCGUUCCCCACCACAUCGCCGGUUCUUGGCAGCAGUCCAAGAAGCUGGCCCAGCGCGACACGGCCGAGCGCUGCCUAGGACUCUUCGUGGGCUGUUGGGGCUCUUACUUGCUCCAGGCCGCAGACCCAGAGGGCCUGGCAAGCGAGUCCCUCGACGACCCGCUCGGUGACCUCGCGAAGUUCUGCACCCAGUUUCGCCCAUGCAGCGGCACGGGCCCGACAUGGUGCAUCGAGGUCGAGGAAGGGCAAUGCAAAGCAACUGCUGAGCUCACUCUGCUGGGAGUCAGGCACCGUUUCGCUGGCUCACGUGCCGCUGCGGCUCAGGCUGCCAAAGAAGAUACGGCCCGGCGUGUGCUCUGGUACCUUCAGUGCCCUGGCUAUGAAAGCCUCUACGAGCCGGAUGCGCAAGGAACCCACGCUGUGGCGAAGGAAAUUCCCACGCCUCCAGCCAACUGGGUGAAUGUGGCCGAGGAUGACAAAUCGGUCCUGGCGGCCGAGCGGAAAACCACCGUGAUGCGAGUGCAGAAUCGGCUGCAGCAGAGCUUUGCCAAGCGUUUGAAGCCUGGCCAAGGCGUCUGGGAAUGGUCCUUUGAGUCCGACACUGCGGAGUCCGCCUGGCCGCCGAUGCAGCGAGCCACAGUGACGAUUGCAGUGGUGCAGCGCAGCUUCACGGGGCCGUGGGUGCGUGGGCAGCGUGAGUCGCAGCUUGAAGCUUGCAAGAUGGUGGAAGAAUACCUUGAUUCCCUGGCGGAGGACUUGCCCGCUGAUGCCUAG